AUGCGCAGAAGACAGCUUCGUUUCCACCUCCUGAUGACUGCCGUGGCCGUGGUCAUAGUGCUAGUUACCAGAAAUAAACUGGGGAAGGAUCUUGACCUAAUGCGAUGGCUUAACACGGUCCACUCGAUAACCGUUCGAGAUACCUACGGAAGUCAGGUGCCACUCCAAAGUUUUGCCGGCCAAGUAAUGCUCAUCGUGAACAUAGCAUCCAGAUGCGGUCUUACUACUUCCCAGUACGAUGGCCUUCGCCAACUUGUGGAGAAAUACGAGGACCGAGGAUUGAGCGUUCUCAACUUUCCCUGCAACCAGUUUGGUGGUCAAAUGCCGGAAUCUGAUGGCCAGGAGGUGCUGAACCAUCUGCGCAGCCAUGGAGCCAAUAUAGGACACCUGUUCGCCAAGAUAGAUGUUAAGGGACCCAAAGCAGAUCCGCUCUACAAGCUGCUAACCCGCCAGAAGCCCGAUAUAGAGUGGAAUUUUGUCAAGUUUUUGGUUGACCGCGAGGGGGCUAUCUACAAAAGGUAUGGCGCUGACUUAGAGCCAGUGGCUCUGGCUGAUGACAUAGAGCUGCUGCUCGGCAGAUGAGUCCGAAUAAAUAAGGCAACGUGCGCUUUUCUGCUCAGUGGCUCUCAUAACUGCGACAA